AUGGCUAUCGAUAAAAGCCUUUUCGUCUUUGUGUCUCUAUCUUCUCUCCUCUUAUCCAUCCAUGCCAUGCCUUCACCUCAUAAUGUGCCCUAUGUAUCUCCAUUAACUAACCUAAACAAUGACAUAGACUCUAUCUUGAAGGAAGCAAUCAAAGUUGGCGAACACAUAUUCAAGCCCGAGCCUGAGGUAUUAGAAUUUUGUAGAGGCACAGAGAACCCAACCUUUUGUGCAGAAACCAUUGCCCCAUAUUUCCAAAGUUCUUUUGACCCCCUUAAGGCACUCGAGAUUGAAAUGAAGGCCACCUUAAACCAAAGCUUGAAGGUUUCUCGUAUCAUUGCCAAAUCAAUCAGCAGCCCCACCACCAAUAAAAGGGCACUUAAAGCACUUUACUUAUGCAAGUCACAAUACAACACCAUUUUGUAUACCAUCAAAGAAGCCAUAGACUUGUUAAACCAACAAAACGUGGUCGAUGCUUAUUACAAGUUUAACUUAGUGUUGUCCAAAAGCUUAGCUUGUGAGUAUGCUUUUCUGGAAUCUCCUGGAGUUGACAUUCCCUUCGCUGAUGACUCUUUUGCUGUGUCUCAGCAUGGUUUCAAAAUUCUCGUUCCUAACACAAGGGUGUUUUUGAAUUUCGUAUUGGUGGAUUUUGAUACACAAAUGCUGCACGACUUCUGUAUAGUUCAAAGGUUGUAG